AUGGUUGUGCAGGAAAUGGGACUCAGCUUGAAGGAACAGAUAACGAUCACAGACAAAGAAAAUGACAUGAAUGUCAGCAUGCAGCAUUUCUUGGCCUCGGAGCAAGGAGCUUGUGACAUAAUCCAAAGCAUGAGUUUGAAAGAAGAGCCAGACACAAGUCAAACCAUGUUCCUAACAGCCAUCGGAGAGGAGAGCCACCCUUCAGAUCUCAAGCAAGUGCCUGAUCAGUCCAUGUCUUCGGAUCAGUCAGAAGGAAGCCGCCAUCCUCGUCUUGAGCGGCAGAUCUUUGUCGGAGGGUUGCCGACUGACGUCACCAACACUACAUUCCGUGAGUGGGCCGACGAGACGUUUGCGGGGAGAGUGGUCAAUGCUGUGCUGGUGGUGGACAGGCUUACACACUCUAGAUCGAGAGGGUUUGGUUUUAUCACCUUCGACUCAGUCGAGGUAGCAGAAGAAGCAGCAAGGCAAAGGUUGCUCGCUUUCAACGACAGGACAGUAGAAGUGAAAAGAGCUCAAAACAUCAGCUCGCUGCAGAAGGGGAAAGAAGGACAAGCAACAGACAACACGAACAAAAAGGAAAGUACGAGGAAGACAUCGCAGAAGACGGAUCAAGCGUCUGCGAGGACAGGGAGUACAAAGCAAGGGAAGGGAUGUGAAGUGAAAGGGAAGGGCUCUGAUGGCAGCAAGCAAGAGGGAGGCUACUCCAGGCGAGUGUCACAAGGAGGGGGACGAAGCUUGAAUGGGAGGGAAGGACGUGCGGGGAGCAGGUUUGAGAAUCGCAAUGCCUACGAGGAGUCCUUUCAGGAGCGAAGAUACGGCAUCAUGGAUGUGGGGAUGGGGAUGGGGAUGCCUCCUCUGCAUGUGAUGCCUCAGGCACAGAGCUGGGCUGAGAUGCAGGGGCAGAUGGGGCAGUGGAUGGUGCCGCAACCGCAGGAGAUGAUGCAUCCUGCCUGCUUCUACCCCGCUGGAGCGGGGGGGAUAUGA